AUGAAUGGUCAUAAUAGUGAAGAAUCAAAACUAUUAUUUCAAUGUUUACCAAAAACAAUUGUUCCAACUCAUUAUGAUUUAACAAUACAACCACAUCUUGAUAAAUUUACAUUUAAUGGAAAUGUAAAUAUACAUUUACAAGUUAAAGAGUCAACAAGUAGUAUUGUACUUUAUGCAACUGAAUUAGAAGUUGAUAAUGCUAAAUUAAAAUCAAUUUCAAAUGAUGAACAAACAGGUAAAAUUGAUUAUGAUAAAGAAGGUGAACGAAUAACAGUCAAUUUCGAUAAGACACUUGAAACAGGUGAUUAUGAACUAGCACUAAAAUUUGUUGGUGAAAUAAAUAAUCGUAUGUGUGGUUUCUAUCGAACUAAACAUACAGCAUCUGAUAGUAAUGACGUUCGUUAUGGGGCUAGUACACAAUUUGAACCUGCUGAUUGCCGACGAGCAUUUCCAUGUUGGGAUGAACCAAAUUUUAAGGCUACAUUUGAUAUAACAUUAAUUACACCGAAAAAUCUUCGUGCUAUUUCAAAUAUGCCGAUUAAAUCAGAAGAUGAAUAUAACAAUGAUAAAGAUUGGAAAAUAACAAAAUUUGAUCGUACACCAAUCAUGAGUACAUAUCUUGUUGCUUAUGUUGUUGGUGACUAUGAUUAUGUUGAAAUCAAAGAUUCAAAUGGUGUUACAAAAGUUCUUCCAUUUUAUGCUGAUUAUUUUAAUAUAAAAUAUCCAAUUGCUAAAGCUGAUCAAAUUGCUAUUCCUGAUUUUGCUAUGGGAGCAAUGGAAAAUUGGGGCUUAGUAACUUAUCGUGAGACAGCACUUUUAAUUGACCCAAAAUUUUCAUCCUUGGAUACACGACAACGCGUAGCUAUUGUUGUUGCUCACGAACUUGCACAUCAAUGGUUUGGAAAUUUAGUAACUAUGGAUUGGUGGACUGAUUUAUGGCUUAAUGAAGGUUUUGCUACAUGGAUUGAAUAUUUAGCUGUUGAUAAAUGUUAUCCAGAAUUUGAUAUUUGGACACAAUCUGUUGCCGAUACAUUUGCAAGAUUUCUUGUUCCAGAUGCUUUGAAAUCAUCACAUCCUAUUGAAGUACCUAUUGGUCAUCCAGCUGAAAUCGAUGAAAUUUUCGAUGCAAUAUCGUAUUCAAAAGGUUCAUCAGUUAUUCGUAUGUUACAUGAUUACAUUGGUGAUGAUGCUUUCCGCAAAGGACUUCAUAAUUAUUUAACAGAAUACAGCUAUAAAAAUACCGUUACUGAAAAUCUUUGGUCACAUUUAGCUAAAGCAUCAAAUAAGCCAGUUAAUGAAGUUAUGUCAUCAUGGACACUUCAAAUGGGCUAUCCACUUUUAACUGUAACUGAAGAAAAAACAAAUCAAAAUCGUAUUCUUAAAAUAAAACAACAACGUUUUAUUGCUGAUGGAAGUGCCGAUGAUGAUAAUCUUCAAUGGAAAAUUCCUAUUAGUGUUUUUACAAAAUCUAAUCCAAAACAAAUUGCACAACAAGUUUUAAUGGAUAAACCAGAGAUAACAAUAACAUUAGAAAAUGUUCUCGAAGAUGAUUGGAUUAAAUUAAAUUUUAAUUCAAUUGGUCUUUAUCGUGUUAAAUAUGAAUCGCAAACAUUGGCACGUCUUAAUGAACCAAUUGCUAACAAAACAAUAAGUCCACAAGACCGUCUUAUGAUACAAAAUGAUGUUGCUGCAUUAUGUAACGCUGGUCAUCAAUCAUUUGUUGAUUAUCUUAAACUUUUACCAUCAUAUUCAGAUGAAGAUAACUUCACUGUAUGGAAAGCAAUUGCAUCAAACAUGAGUGAUUUAUCCUCAUUACUUGAAUAUACAGAUUAUUUCGAUGAAUUUAAAAAAUAUCGUUUAAAUUUAUUUUCAUCAAUACAAAACAAACUUGGUUGGGAUGCUAAACCAAAUGAAGAUCCACUUUCAGCUAUGUUACGUCCAAUGAUAUUAACUAUUGUCGGUAAAUCUGGUAAUCAAGCUGUAAUUGAUGAAUCAAAGAACCGUUUUGCACGCCAUAUUGCUGGAGAUUUAAUUGAUCCAAAUAUUCGUGGAGCUGUUUAUACUAUUGUUUCAUGUUAUGGAGAUGAAACAACGCAAAAAGAACUUCGUCAAUUAUAUGUUGCUGCAGAUAUGACUGAAGAAAAAGGAGAUAAUGUUCGAAUGCAAGAUUCAAUAUCAGGUUUUGUUGGUUGUACAUCAUGUCGUGAUGGACGAGAUUUAGUUUGGAAAUUUUUACAAAAAAAUUGGAAAACACUUGUUGAACGCUUUGGUGACAAGACAAGCGAAAUAAAAGCAUUCUUUGAUACGAUGGAUACACCAAUCGUUGCACGACCAGUCAAAAAAGUUCUCGAAACAAUUCAUAUGCGUUCUGAAGUACUUAAACAUGAUUUAAAAGCCAUAGAAAAAUAUUUAAAACAACAGUAA